AUGCAGGGCGAAAAUGGGGUGGUGAAGGUCCCUGCGAACCCAGCUUCGGUACCUCCGGGCUUGAAUGAUGGCGGUGGUGCCGCUCACAAAGCAGACCUGAUCCGCCAGUUUGCAAGCUCGGGGAAUUCUGGAGAUGGCGGAUUGAUCGCGCAGCUAAGCAACAAUCCAUUCUUCACUGCGGGCUUCGGACUCGCAGGUCUCACGGCCAUCGCGGCUUUCGGUCGACGAGGUAUCCGCCAUGGAGCCGCCCUCAUGCGCCGUCGUCUCUUGGUCGAUGUUGAGAUCAGCGUCCGAGACGACUCCUAUCCGUGGUUUCUAUACUGGAUGACUCUGCAUGAAAGAGGGAGACUUGUUGAGCAUGCUGCGCAGGCGAAAGCGAGUCGCUUCGAGUCACUCUUGCAACGACUCACGCCCGGUAUGCGCCAUCUGGCCAUUGAGACCGAGAAAAGAGAAUUACCCAACGGCGCUAUUCAUACGAAUUUCGUCCUAAUUCCUGGACCGGGGAGACACGUCCUCCGCUACAACGGGGCUUGGAUCUUCGUCAACCGUCAGAGAGAAGGGAAGCAGUUCUCAAUGGAUGGGAAGCCUUGGGAGACGGUCACUUUGACUACGCUCUAUUCUCAGCGCCAUGUGUUCGAGUCGUUGUUCAAAGAAGCUCAUGACAUUGCAACGCAGUCUGUGGAGGGCAAGACGGUCAUAUACACAGCAUGGGGCACGAAGUGGGAUAAAUUCGGCAAUCCGCGGAGCAAGCGACCACUGGAGUCAGUCAUCCUUGACAAAGGGGUCAAAGAACGCAUCGUGUCCGACGUCCAGGACUUUCUUGCAUCGGCCAAGUGGUACUACGAGCGGGGGAUACCUUAUCGAAGAGGCUACCUUCUAUAUGGUCCGCCUGGUACAGGGAAAUCUUCCUUCAUUCAAGCGCUCGCCGGCCACUUGAACUACGACAUCGCCAUGCUCAAUCUGAGUGAGCGGGGUCUCACAGAUGAUAGGCUGAAUCAUCUGUUGACUGUCAUACCUCAGCGGACAUUGGUUCUAUUGGAAGACGUGGAUGCUGCUUUUGCCAAUCGACGCCAAGUCGAAGCAGACGGGUAUCAGGGCGCGAAUGUGACGUUCUCAGGCCUGUUGAACGCUUUGGACGGUGUUGGGAGUGCCGAGGAACGGAUUAUCUUCCUGACCACGAAUCAUGUUGACCGGUUGGACGAAGCACUCGUCCGCCCAGGCCGGGUAGACAUGACCGUCCGUCUCGGUGAAGCCACCACGUAUCAGAUCGAACAGCUCUGGGCACGCUUCUACAGCGAGCAAGAUCCAGAAGGACACUUCAAGGCGAGAUUCCUGGGGAGACUCCAUGAACUCGGCGUGCUCUCUGGACCUUCAGCGGUCAGCAGUCGGACAAGCAUGGCUGCGCUGCAAGGGCUAUUUUUGUACAAUAAGGGAAACCCUCAAGGUGCUAUCGAUAUGGCCUGGCAAUUGGCGCCUGGCGGCUUACCCAGUGCUCUGACCAAGGAGAGUCGGGCACACGCGAAAGCCGCUUGA